GAAGUUGUGAGGAGGAAAGAAAGUAGAGUGAGAGAGAGGGUGGGGAAAAAGAAAGGCGACGAAAGAAGGAGCAAAAAAAAAGUGGAAGAGGGUUUCUUGAAACAGACGGCGCACAUUUUCUUGUUGUUUUUGAAUCUGAGGGAAGUUCCAGCUCCUCCAUAUUGGAGACCAAGCGACGACGUUUGACAAGAAAUAAUAUCUUAAGGGAGAAAACACAUACCCCAGCCCAGCAGGAGAGACGACGCCGCAAAAAAAGAAAAAGGAUUUUAAAAAUCGCAAUUAAGGCUUCGGGGAAAUCAAGAAACAUUAUUUUCUCCGCGUUUAGUGUCGGAUAAAUUGUGUUUGAAAUCUCUCCACUCACCGGACAGCUCGGCGUCUUCCUCUCUCCGGGCCGCGGGCGAAAGGCGGUUAUUUUUUGAAUUUUCCUGACAUAAACAUUAAUAUAAAUGGUUGACUGAAAUAUAAUUAUUUUUCUGGGGGGGGUGGGGAGAGAGAGACGUAAAAGAAAGUUGCAGAGAAUUAUAUUUUCUGCAUUUUGUGUUUUUUUUGGAAAAAAAGUAUUUAAUUUUUUUUCAACCCUUUGCCCGUCUUCUCCCUGUGGCGUAUAUAUGUAUUAAAAAUUCUACAUAUAUUUUUCAUCUGGAGUGGGUGAAGGGAACGGCUUGUUUGUUUUCGGUGUAUUUUCUGAAGGAAAUCGCGGAGGGCCCGACGGCCAAAAGCAGGAAGGGUUUGUUCGAUGGACAGCACGUCCAUUAUAACGCAGGUCAGCAAAGAGGAUGAGAUUAUUUCAUCGUCCCAGGAAAAAGUUUCUCAGAGCAGCCUCAGCUUGAAGAAACAGAGGAGUCGAAGCUUUUUCAACUCGUUCCUCUGUUGUUUUCGUGACUACAAUGUGGAGUCGACGACCAGCAACUGCAACAGCAAUGCUCAGAUCCCAACGGUGGAGGAGAAUGGGUCAAUUGCUAAGUCUGACCAGGUACAGGUCACCCCCAGCCCCAGUCCUCCGGCCAAAUUCCUCUUACCAGAGAUGAGAGUAUCUGAUGUUGGAAAGAAAUGUGUAGUCAUCGACUUAGAUGAAACCUUAGUACAUAGUUCCUUUAAGCCUAUUAACAAUGCUGAUUUCAUUGUUCCUGUUGAGAUAGAUGGGACUGUUCACCAGGUUUAUGUAUUGAAAAGACCACAUGUCGAUCUCUUUUUGCAAAAAAUGGGGCAACUCUUUGAAUGUGUUCUCUUUACAGCCAGUCUAGCCAAGUAUGCAGAUCCAGUGGCAGACUUGCUGGAUCGUUGGGGCGUGUUCAGGGCCAGGCUCUUCAGAGAAUCAUGCGUUUUCCACCGAGGAAACUAUGUGAAAGAUCUCAGUCGACUAGGGAGGGACUUGAGCAAGGUCAUUAUAGUGGAUAACUCGCCGGCAUCCUACAUCUUCCAUCCUGAAAAUGCAGUGCCUGUGCAGUCCUGGUUCGACGACAUGUCAGAUACUGAGUUGUUUGAUCUGAUUCCAUUCUUUGAAGGACUGAGUAAAGAAGAGGAUGUUUACAGUAUGCUGCAGAACCUCCGCGGCAGGUAGCGAUUGUGCUCCGGGCAUGUCUUCUCGGCAGAUUCUUAGGUUGUUCUUGCCCGAUUUUUAUCCCAUUCCCCUUCACUUCCCCAAUCUACGCCCUUGCCACUUCCCAUCCCUCCCCCUUCGCAGCGUUGUGUUUUUGUUUUUUGUAAUGAAAGGAAAGCUUCCUUCAGUUUCCCCUGCCUCGCGUACCUGUGCUUGGAUCGAAACUGCAACUCUUGGAGGAGGAGCAGGAGGGAGGUAUCAUCAGACAAGAAACACUUCAGUGGUUCCUGUCGUUGACUCGUUAUGGACAAGGUGAUUGACGUCCACUGAGCUUCUCAAAGCCUGACGUUGGAAAGUCGCACAUGACCAGACUUCAUCUAAAAGGAAGAACUAUCAGAGUAAAUCACCGACAUAAAAAACAAAAUGAAAAAAUUGUUAUGGACUACAGUUUGAGUAGAAAACUUCUCUCUACCUACCAAAAACAAGUAUUUGAGCAGUUCUGUGAUAUUUUGAGUACUUUUUCCCUCUUUUGUUAAUUUUUUUGGUUGUUGCUAUGCAGACAGUCAUGCUGACCUACAGUAGCUGACCUGAUUCUGUGAUCUCACUUUUGCAGAAUGAAGUGCCUUUUUGAAGAAAAAAAAGUUGAUAAUUUUAGAUGAGAAAAAAAAGCAGAGUUAAUUUUUUUGUACACUGCAUAUUCCAGAGAUCUUUUAUCUUUUAAUGACUGUAAGUUUUAAAACAAAAAAAUCUUUAUGAGCACUGUUAUUUAUGCUGAACACGUUGAAUUAUAAGUGCUGGGUAUAAGUCUCCAGAGUCAUUAAACUUUAAAUUUUAUAUCAAUUGGCUUAACAAUAGUUAAUGGGCACCCAAUUAUGUUUUUUUUAAUUACUAUUUUAAAUAUAGAUAUAGUUUAGGGUUACCAAUGUCACUUAAAAAAACAGCCACUGCAGUCUGACUUGAUCAGGGACAGAUUGCAAGUUGGAAUUAUUCAGAUCCAACAGGUACUCUGGGGAAUGACAUGGUGCUGCCAGAUACUGUAAUGGAUACUUUUAUUUUCUUUCUCCCACCACAUUGUUGUACACUGCCUCCCCCCCCUCCCCUUUCCACCUCUUUUAAUCUAAAUAGAAUGCCAAAAGGGUUUGCUAAAUCUUGAUGCGGGUUCCGUGUCUGUAGCUGAAGUAUCGAUUUAACUAAAUUCCUCCACUUUAGCAUUCACACAAUCAACACUACAACAUUGCAGGGAGUGGUGUUGGACGAGUCUUGCCUUGAAUUUUGUGGACAGAUUUCUGCCAGCAUGUUCUGUGCAUGGAAGGAUGUCUGACCACAUCACAAACACUCACGGUGUGCAUCGUGAUGGACAGCGGGCACAGGGACAGAGUGAGCGGGGUUUGGGGCCGGGGGUGGGGGGAGGAGUUAUCACAGGUGAGCUAUAUAGUAUGGUGGAAAUUUUGGGGCAUUUAAGAUCCGAUCUUUGCAAACAAUGUUACUGUUGUUCUGUUUAUUUCAAACUUUACCUGCUAUCUCCAUGAAACAAUCAAUCCAUCGCAAAUGGCAGCAGUGAUAAUGCUUGGAUUUAUAUUGUGAACGAGUCUGUCUGUCUUUUGUUACCUCAAAUGCACUGUCUGAUGCUAAACCUUACUAAGUGGCUUCCUUUCUCUCACUGUCUUUCGCUGGAUGUUGGGGGUCUCAUCUGAAAACUGGGUGUCUCACUCCACAGUCUGUGAGUACUGAUGCAGCAUGUCGAUGGGCUACAGUUUUCAACUAAAUUUUCAAAGUUAUUUAAGUUUUCAUUUUAUACUUACCUCCCUUCCUUCCUACCCAUUCGAACUCUGAUUUCUCUUUAAAGGUAGCUCUGUGGCAGCAGGCCACUGUUGUCACCUUGAGGAAGAAGAUUAUCUUCUUGGAUUUUCUUUAGGGUGGAAUUUCCUCUUUUGUUAGUCUCCAACAGAUACUGAACAUAUGUCCAUGUGCAUGUGCAGACUGGCCAAUUUUCAAAUUGUCCACAUUGUUAGUAAAUGUAACUUUGUCAGUAGUGAUACUGGAGAUGAUGUUAGCGCAGAAGUGAAAAGUCCGGAGCUGAGUAUAACUUGCACAGUCAAGUCACAAACAGGCUUGGUAGCUCAGGCAGCGUCUGUGUAGAAAAAGAGUGGUGUCGAAGGUCAAUGAACCUCCAUGAGAACUAACUUUUUUAUUUGCCUAUUUUUUGUCCUUGGCCAUUUAUUUACUUGUUUGCCAGUACAGGUUAGCCUGCUAUCUUUCUUAUUGGUCCAGCACAACGACGGUGGCUUUAUUGUAUUGAUUUUAUUUGUUGAACUGACUGUAAUGCCUGGGAUGGGCAAUAGGGACAGCAUGGAGGAAUAGUUUUAAAAGCCAGAUUUACUGCCCAAUUACUUUGUCUCAAAAUGGAUGUUGGGAUAAGCAAGAGGACAGGGUAGAGUUGGACAAUAGUAUUGGCCAGUAUACUCAAUGUGGGAGGAUACAAAAAGAAUGGCCACUUUGGGUAAGUUAGCAGAACAUUAUGGAAUAACACCUAGUACUUUUUUUGGCAGGUGACGAUUUAAAAUAACAAAUGGUGUGUAGGCUGUGAAGUAAAGAUAUCACUUCUAUAUUUCCCACUUAGGUGAUUGCAUUGAAAAAAUUUGCACAUGAAACAUAUUGAUAGCGCUCUUUCCUUCCAUUUUAUAAUUAUUUUAGCAAAUCUGUUAGGAGGGAAUACCACACUGUUACCAGUUUCCAUGUUUCUUUGGCAGGUUAAAUUCUUGAAUGCUGUUUUAAUUUCAGAUUUUUACAUUCCUGAGUGGAAUGUGUACCCUUGUGUAUUGGCAGUAGCUUUGAGUUUCAGUGUUUAAGUUACAACCUAAUACAAUAUACAAUACCUAAUUACAGAAUGGUUGGUAACUCACUGAACCCCGUUUGAAUUUCAUCUGGAUAGGCAAAAUCUUUCAUCGUUGAAACUAGUAUAUCCCCAGUGAAGUGUAUUGAGGCAUUUUUGUUCAGUUAGUGCCACAGCACAAAGUCUUUUUUCUGUUGGAAAUCUACAAAUGUCCAGGUAAUGGUUGGUGCUGCACAGUAUUGCUGUGAGGCACAAUAUUGUUUAAAGCAAACAAGGAAGAGUUUGGCUUGUAACCAGCUCGUGGAUUGUAGAAAUAAAUCCAUCACAACAGUGAAUGGGAAAUGUUCCACUACAUAUCCUCCCUCAAAAUGUGCGAAAUACAUGAAGAUCUGUUGAUGCAUUUGUUUCACUGUUUGUAAUUACUGAUGCCACAGAUUUGCUUCUGGUUGCCUAGAAUAGCAAAGAUUACAAAUUUAUAUAGCACAAAAGUCUAUUUGGCCCCUCUGGCCAAGCCUAAGAUCUAUCUACUUUGUCCUGUCUCCUGCUGUUCCCCAUAUCCUUCUAAAUUUAUCUUUCAGUUUAUUUAUCUAUUCCCUUCUGAAAGUUAUCAUUAAAAUUGUUUCCACGAAUUUUCAGACAGCACUUUCUAGAUCAUAAUAACACUGUGUAAUUAAGUAAUAACUCCUCUCCCUGAGUUGUUCUUGUCAAUUAUUGUAAAUCUACACUCUAGAUACCGUUCUUCUUGGCAAUGAGAACAUUUGUUCGGAUGCACUCUUAUUAUAAAAUUUUCUUCAUUUUUACAUGGUAAGCUUUCCACAUGCUGGGGGUUUCAUUAUGCUUUUUGUUGCUUGUACAUCUGACAGAUCUGCAGGCUGACUGCUCCUCAUUGCAAACCCCACGCAGUCCAAGAUUGGCCUGUGAACAGUUAAACCCACUUGCAUACUGUUUCUUUAGUCCUUUGACAAUUUGCUGUUCCAUUUAUUUUGAACUAGUUAAUAUCUUCAGCAAAUGGGGGGAAACCUGCUGAACCUUUGUUUGCCCUCUAGGGUUUGGCGUGUGCUUUUAAACUCCAGUUAUCCAUGAACUAUCAGGAAUUCUGACUAAAUCCUAUAAAGAAGAUCUCAGAAUUUUGGAUGACUUGUGGGUUCCUCUUGUGAAGCAUUGGGGUACUCGGGCUCUGCCUAGAUUAUUUUCUGUAGGGUGGGGAGGGGACAACCAAAUUUCAUCAUCCUGUAUUAACUAGAGAAAGUUUAUCCUUCAGCUGGUAAAUCCAAGGCUCAUGUUAUCUGCGAUGCCCUCUAGAGGAAAUAGCUUGUUAGUCAUCAUUGUUGAUAGUCAUAGAGUCUUAGAGAGUCAUAGAGAUGUACAGCACAAAAGCAGACCCUUCAGUCCAACUCGUCCAUGCCGACCAGAUAUCCUAACCCAAUCUAGUCCCACCUGCCAGCAUCUGGUCCAUAUCCCUCCAAACCCUUCCUAUCCAUAUACCCAUUCAGAUGCCUUUUAAGUGUUGCAAUUGUACUGGCCUCCACCACUUCCUCUGGCAGCUCAUUCCAUACAUGUACCACCCUCUGAGUCAAGAAGUUGCCUCUUGGGUCUCUCUUAUAUCUUUCCCUUCUCACCCUAAACCUAAGCCCUCUAGUUCUGGAUUCCCCGACCCCAGGGAAAAGACUUUGUCUUUUUAUCCUUUCCAUGUCCCUCAUUAUUUUAUAAACCUCUAUAAAGUCACCCCUCAGUCUCCGGCGUUCCAGGGAAAACAGCCCUAGCCUAUGCAACCUUUCCCAAUAACUCAAAUCCUCCAACCCUGGCCAACAUCCUUGUAAAUCUUUUCUGAACCCUUUCAAGUUUCACAACAUCUUUCCAAUAGGAAGGAGACCAAAUUACAUGCAAUAUUCCAACAGUGGCCUAGCUAAUGUCCUGUACAGCUGCAACAUGACCUCCCAACUCCUCAGAGUACUCAAUACUCUGACCAGUAAAAGAAAGCAUACCAAACGCCUUCACUAUCCUAUCUACCUGCGACUCCACUUUCAAGGAGCUAUGAACCUGCACUCCAAGGUCUCUUUGUUCAGCAACACUCCCUAGGACCUUACCAUUAAGUGUAUAAGUCCUGCUAAGAUUUAUUUUCCCAAAAUGCAGCACCUCACAUUCAUCUAAAUUAAACUCCAUCUGCCACUUCUCAGCCCAUUGGCCCAUCUGAUCAAGAUCCUGUUGUAAUCUGAGGUAACCCUUCUUCACUGUCCACUGCACCUCCAAUUUUGGUGUCAUCUGCAAACUUAACUAACUAUACUUCAUCAUUCCCAUUUGUUUGGGAUAGUGACCAGGUAACAGUUUAUGUGUGAGAUUUUGACCCAGCAAAAAUACAACACUCACCGCCCCCCCCCGCAGUGAGACAGUAACAAAGGAAUUAAAUGUUUGAAUACAAUAUAGUAAACAUGAGAGGGAGAAUAAUUAAUUGUGGAGAAGAAGAAUGAACCAUGAAGUUCAGAGUUUGCUUGCUAUAUGUGAGUCACAGUUGAUGGAGUUGAAUAGGAUAAAGGCCAGGAACAGUCUGCAGCAGUGAGCUUUAAUUAGCUUUCAGUAAUCAGUGCCAAGUAUGAAUGGCCAUUUAUUGCUCCACACACCUAUUAGGGAAAGAUUAUUGAACAAAUGAAACCAAGAAAUUCAUUUGCUCUUUAUUUAUUCAUCAUAUAGCAAUUUGCAUUAUCCAUAUUUUCAUAAGGGGAAUUAACCUUUCAUGGACUUGUUUAUUAUGUGUCUAGGAAUAUUUACUGUGAAACUACACUUGCAAUAAUGAACCUGAUAGAUCAUAAACGUCAGGUGUAGUCAUUGCUUUUUAUUCAUUCUCAUUUUGGACUCAGUUCUAUUUCAGUGGAUGCUGCUCACGUUGGGAGCUUAACCCAGGGCUGUGUAAAACUAUUCCUCAUGACUAUAUGUCUAUCAUUUUAAAAAUGUUAACUGCUGUCUCCCCCUGCCCCCCCAAAAAAGUCAAGGCACAACCAUUUUGGAGGACUGGCCAGGCACUACAGAAUUGCUCUACAAUUUUUUUUUAAAAGUUUUUGUAUGCUUUAAAACUUUUAAAUGUGGUAUUGGCAAGUGCCUCUUCUAUUUCCUUUAAAAAAUUAUUACCCAUAAGGUUAUUUUUUAACCCUGUUGCAAAUGUUUUCUGUUUCAUAGCAGAGUACGGAGAGUACUGCAACUUUCCAACAUAUUAAUGUAAUCUGCAUUUGCUUUUUUUCUCUCAAGCUCCUUUCCAUGCACCAUAUCAUAGUAAGAAUGAAAAUUGAAUUCGAUUUCUGUUUUGAAACACUCGCAGUACCUACUAAACGUCAAAUGCUUACGCGUUAAUCAAGCUUUUAGCAUUAUGGAAUGGUAACUUGCAAACCACUCCAUAUGAUUUAAUUUCAUUUUCUUCCAUUUGUUGAAGUAAACUCGCACUGGUUAAAGAAACUAACAUGGUUUCAAAAUCUUUUUACCUCUGUGACUUACUCAUAUGUAGUAUUGCAGUCAAAACUAACUUCCCAACAUUUUUCAUGCUGCUGUAUGUGUUGGACUGUGUACGAGAGUGUGAGCAUGCCUAUGUAAUCUUAAGGGACUUCAAAAAUCAACCUACAGAGUCACUAUUUAUUUCCCUCUGAAGCAUCAGUACUGUGACUGUGUGAUGGCAAUAAAAGGUCCAGAUUUACAAUGACAUUGGUUGGUUUGAGUGAAGUGGGAGGGAGCUGGAUGAGGGAAAUGGAGUAAUAUGGCCAUAGUACACCGAGUGAGAGAAUGUGUGUUUGUUAAGUGCUGUGUAUCCAUCCUAUGAAUCAAUGUAAGAGGCACAUACUCAGCUUAGUUAGCCAAACAUUACUUUUUUUAAGUGUGUAGAUUAUGUACAACUCCUUUUUAAUGUAAUCGUGUUCAGCUCAAACCAAUGGUUUGUACGGUCUUUCCAUUUUUCUUUUUAAAAACUUGGCAAACAAAUGAACCACUUGCCUUAAACUCCAGUAAAUGAAUGUUCAACAUAAUUUCUGUUCUCUCACAAGUUGUAUAGACUCUGUACAGUGAUAUGGACUAACUGUUUGUUUUCUCUAAGUGCAGAGGAUUGUGCAGGAAACAUAAUCCCAGUCUGAAAACAAAAUUGAGCAUUCCAUUUAUCUUUAAUUCUGUAAAAAUCUCGACUGUUCUAAAACCGGUGUUUGUAAAUGGUCUGUUCUGUGCCUCUGAUUCUAAAGGUGCUCCAAAGGAUGUUUGCCUUUUAAAUGGUUGCUUGGGGAUGGGUGGGGGUGGGGAAGGAAGGGGAAAGGAAAUAGAGUAAGGGAAACUAUGCAAAACAAGCUGUUGAGGCUAGGGAGGGGGUAGGUCUUCCCUCUCUGCAUCCUUCAACUUCCCAUAGUUACCUUUCCAUUUCCCUGCCUACUCCAGACUGUUCAGAAAAAAAAACACCAGACAGACAGGGGAGAAGGUAGGGUGGGAGGGACCUUGCUUGUUUUUCAUAGUUUUAUUGUAGUUCCACAGUUGGUGGCACUUUUCCACUUUGAUCAGCAAUACUUGAGAAACACUAUAAAGUUUAAGAGGGAAAGAAACAGAAAUGGUUGUUACUGUCGGUUAUUGAAUAAUCUGUUUCUUUACUUUCACCAAUAAAAUAAACUUUUAAACAAA